AUGAUCGACUCCAGCUCCAAGCAUCGGGAUGGAAAAGGGGCGGCAGGCAGAGCCGGGGGAGCAGCAGCGGGCAGAGGCCGCGGCUCCCCUCGCUCCCUCCCACACAGCAGGCGCCCCUUCCGGCCGCCAUGUUGGCGCGUCCCGCGGCUGCGCACUCGGCGGAGCGGGCCGAGGGGAGGGCUCGCUGUUUGUGUCCCCAGCGCGGAGGCCAUGGCGGCCGUGGCGGGGGCCGGCACAGUGCCCGGCUCCGGCUCCGGAGGGGCCCGCGCCGCGACCACCAACAUCUUGGCACAGCUGCGGCACGGGCAGCUCAGCGGCCGCGGGCUGACCCGCGGGGCGCAGAUCACAGAGGCCUUGUUGAAGGAGAGAGAUAAACAGGCAAAAUGGAAUGGGAUCCCCUUGCUGUUGCAGAAGCUGUAUGAGCACAGCCACCCAAACAGCGACUUCUCCCAGUGCCAAAGCAUCCUAAAGGAAAUUUCUCCACUUCUCUCGAUGGAAGCCAUGGUUUAUGUCACAGAAGACAGAAAAGCUGCUCAAGAGUCCAGUUUCCCAAACACAUACACGUUUGAUUUGUUUGGAGGAGUCGAUCUUUUAGUAGAAAUUCUCAUGAGACCAACUCUUAUUACACAGAAAAAGAAGCAGAAAAUAAGUGAUGACCUCAUCAAGGACUGUUUAAGCAUACUGUACAACACCUGCAUAUGUACGGAAGGAGUCACAAGGCGGCUGGCAGAGAGAAAUGACUUUGUGUUGUUCCUGUUUACACUGAUGACAAACAAAAAGACAUUCCUACAAACUGCAACGCUCAUUGAAGAUAUCCUGGGAGUUAAAAAGGAAAUGAUCCAGCUGGAUGAUAUUCCCAACCUGGCCAGCCUGGUGUCCAGCUUUGACCAGCAGCAGCUGGCCAACUUCUGCAGGAUCCUGGCUGUCACCAUCUCGGAGCUUGACACAGGCAGUGAUGACAAGCACACACUUCUGGCCAAAAAUGCCCAGCAGAAAAAAAACUUGGGCCCUUCCCGAGCUGAAAUUAAUCAAGCUACACUUCUGAAUAUUCCAGGCUUCAUCGAGCGGUUGUGCAAACUGGCCACAAGGAAGGUGUCUGAAACAACAGGGACUUCCAGCUUCCUGCAGGAGCUGGAGGAGUGGUACACCUGGCUGGACAAUGCCCUGGUGCUGGAUGCACUGAUGAGAGUGGCAAAUGAAGAGGCAGAGCAGAGCAGUACAGAGUCUUCUGAUGAGAGUGGACUGGCCAACACCUCCACAAGGACACAGCUGCCCCAGUCCAUGAAGAUCAUGCACGAGAUCAUGUACAAGCUGGAGGUGCUGUAUGUUCUCUGUGUGCUGCUCAUGGGCAGGCAGAGGAAUCAGGUUCAUAAAAUGAUAGCAGAGUUCAGACUCAUUCCUGGCCUCAAUAACCUGUUUGACAAACUCAUCUGGAGGAAGCACUCAGCCUCAGCCCUGGUUCUGCAUGGACACAACCAGAACUGUGAUUGCAGCCCGGACAUUACUUUAAAGAUACAAUUCUUGAGGCUUCUUCAGAGCUUCAGUGACCACCAUGAGAACAAGUAUCUCCUUUUGAACAGCCAGGAGCUGAAUGAGCUGAGUGCAAUCUCCCAUAAAGCCAACAUCCCUGAAGUGGAUGCAGUGGUCAACACUGACAGGAGCCUUGUCUGUGAUGGGAAGAGAGGUUUGUUGACCAGACUGCUUCAGGUCAUGAAGAAGGAGCCAGCAGAAUCCUCCUUCAGGUUUUGGCAAGCAAGGGCAGUUGAAAGUUUCCUGCGAGGCACCACCUCCUAUGCAGACCAGAUGUUCCUCCUCAAGAGAGGGCUCCUGGAGCAUAUUCUCUACUGCAUUGUUGAUAGUGAGUGCAAGUCACGGGAUGUGCUUCAGAGUUACUUUGACCUUCUGGGAGAGCUGAUGAAAUUCAAUAUUGAUGCAUUCAAGAGGUUCAACAAAUACAUCAACACAGAUGAGAAGUUCCAGAUAUUUUUAAAUCAGAUCAACAGCUCUCUGGUGGACUCAAACAUGCUGGUUCGCUGCAUCACGCUGUCCCUGGACCGCUUUGAGAAUCAGUCUGAUGCUAAAGUUGCAGAGGUCCUGUCCGAGUGCCGCCUCUUGUCCUACAUGUCCCAGAUGUCCAUGAGAAUGUCCUUCCUCUUCCGUCUCAUCAAUAUUAUCCAUGUACAGACACUUACACAGGAAAAUGUCAGUUGUUUGAACACAAGUUUAGUUAUCCUAAUGCUGGCCCGAAGGAAAGAAAAGCUCCCUUUUUAUCUGCGCACCUUGCAACAGAUGGAGUACACAGAAAAAUACCCUGGCUUCAUCCUGAACAACUUCCACAGUCUGCUGCGAUUCUGGCAGCAGCAUUACCUCAACAAGGACAAAGACAGCACCUGCUUAGAAAAUAGCUCCUGUAUUAGUUUUACCUACUGGAAAGAGACUGUUUCGAUACUGCUCAGUCCGGACCGGACGUCCCCCUGUGCCAUAGUCAGCUACAUCGACGAGGCGUACAUGGACAUUGACAGAGACUUCUCCGAGGAGUAAUUCCCACCUCCAGCUUCUGAUGGGCAGCUUGGAGGGUCCCUCGCAGCCCGGGGAUUUUCAGGGAUACGCUGUGUAGUGUGUGUGUGCAGCUCGGAGCUGCGGAGCGUCGUCCCACCCCCACCCCUGCCGGCCCCCAGCUCUGACCUCUGAGACUCGGACAGCUCUCUGGGCAACACAUUCAGGGAUGUAUCUUCCAGUUGUUCUGGGAUAAAAAUAAUCACCUGCACAAACCAGCCUGUAUUAUUUUUUUUCCUCUCUUCCAGUCCGGUGGGGCUGGCAGAAGGGGUUCUGCUGAUGUGAGGGUUCUCUUCUCUGUAUGUGCUGGUUGAGGUGUGGCUCUCUCAGGGCUGCCAGGACGAGCAAGUGGAAAAGCACAGCAAUUGCCCUCCAAGUGUGAGGUCCAUGGAGCCCAUCUGAGCAGGACCCCACCACCAGCCACGUGCAAAGCCACCACGAGGACUCCCUGCAGGUGUUAACUCUUCCACCGGGCUUUGGAAUCAGGGCUUUGGGGUUGGUUAGAGCAUGAGUGUGUGUGCGUGUGUGUGCUUUGAAUUCCUGAGAGCCCCAGCUCCAGUCACCUCUUUACCAUCGCCUUUUGGAUCAUUUGGUACUAAAUCUAUCUGUGCAUUAGGAGAGAACCUCUGCUCCUGCUGUCCUUCCUGCAGAUCCUUCCCAUCCGGAGGCGUUUCCAGUGCUGGAGAACAGAGACAUUUCAGCAGUGGUGGAAUUGCAACAGGGGUUGGCUUUUUCAUGGAGCACUAGCAUUAAAAUGUACUAAUUUUUUAAACUUGCGGCUUGUCCCUUCUUGGGUAACUAAUCUGGUUUUAAAAUCCUUUUCAGGACCAUUGCUCUUGAUGUUAACCUGCUAUGCCUGGAAGUCUUAUGUCAGUCUCUGCUUACAGCCCUUAAUAUCAACACACACAUUAAUCUUGAAAGUGCAAUAUUUACUGGAGAUGUCCAUUUUUUCCUGGAUCUGUUUUAAUCAGAAUGUGUUAAAUGCUGGGAAUAAACACUCCUGGUUGAAAGUAACUUUGUAGGAUAUGUUGGGAAGGGGGAAUGGGGUUUUGGCAGUCUUGAUUGCCAAACCUGCAUGUGCCCUGCCUGCUCACCAACACCAUGUUGCUCCAACACAUUCCAAUACCCAGGAAUGAGAUACACUACACUUAAGCCACUGCAUUUAAGUCAGAAACAUGUCUUACAGCCACAGCUAAAAGAAAUCAGUUUUGAAACACACCAUCUGAAUUUUUUUAACAUUUUCUAAUUUAUUUGACAAGAUGACUUUGGCUCUGUCCAGGCUCCAGAGGGGCGAGGAUGUCCCAGAGCUGCAGCCUUUUGUCUCGUUGCCCACAGCAUGAAACCCACCCUGAGGCUCCGUGUGCUGGGGCUGGAGGAGUGAAGGAGGCUCCAGCCCCAGGAGUAGGACUUGUCUCUGAGCAUCCUCCUUCUCCUUUCUCUUCUCCCACACCUCAGUAUCCUGCUGUGGGCUCCCAGGGUGGUCAGACCUGCUGAGCUUGUGCAUAAAGCUGGAGCCUUGCAGGAGCUCCUGGGGAUCCUGGUGUCCCUCCCUGGGAGCUGCACCCUGCUCUGGUGAGGGUAGCCUGGGGAGCUUCUUGCUGUGGCAGCUUCACCUCUGUUCCUCACCAGGUCACUCCCACCCUGCCCCUCCUUCCCCUCAGCUCAUUUCUUUCUCAUCUGUACUUUUUUUUGUUCUUGGGUAUUAGUGUUUUUGGUGUAUCUUUGCUUCUUCUUAACUGUAAUAGAUGUACACUUAAAAUAAAUGCUUCAAAUUAAAAGGCUUUUAAGUUAAGGGAUGCCUUUUCCACAGUGUAGUUAAUUGGUGCAUCCACUGAUUGCUGCUGUAACCCUGCAGUCUUGCUCUCUUCUGUGUUUUAAAGACAGUUUGGGGCCCAGCUGCCUCUGGCCUUGCCCAUGGGCCUGGGGGAAGCUGAGUCCACACCACCUCUGGGGGUCCUCCCAGGCCUGGGAGCACAGGCUGGGCUUUGCUUUUGGGCUGGCUGGGCAGAGAAGGGCACAGGGAAGAAAGCUCUGGCAGUUCCUCCAGGGGUGGAGCAUGCUGGGCUCCAGGGAAAAGGCUCUGCCCCAGUGCACAGAGGGUCACAGGCAAAUCCCAAAUGGGGCCUGUGGGAUGUCUGUCCAUGCCAGAUGCCGCAACAGUCUCAUGGUGAGAGGGACCAGACCCAUGGAGGUGCCAACGGGCUCUGGGCUGGGCUGGGAGGGAGGUGGGACCCCUGGCACUAACAAAUACCUCUGGAAGUGUGCACUGUCCUCGUGGAGUGCUGAGGUUCGUGCUGCCCUGAUUAAUGCCGAUUUGCUAACUGCAAAUAAACAUAUUAAAUGGAAACUAUUAAAGAAAUCUAUUUUAAAGAAA